AGUGCAUGCGGCGCGCGGCAAGCGAACGGUCGCGGCCAUUUUAUCGUUCCGAUUUGAAAAUUUCGUUUUUUUUUUUUGUUUGUUUCAAACCAGUCUCGUGUUUUUGUGAAGUGAAUUAAAAGAUGCGUUAGUGUUUUAGUAGAAUUUUUCGCGCCAUAUGCUUGGAUAGUGCGCUAUGGAAGUAAUCUGUGGUCGGAGCUCCUCGAAAGAAAUGAAAUAAAUAGGAAUAUAACAAAGUGCAAAAAUGAGUUCCCGCGAUUACUAUAGAUCGUACAAAAGCGAUACAGAUCGCUCCAAAACAUCGACACGGGACAGCCACGAUAAUGAUUUCUUGGAUAACGUAACGGAAUUCAACGCGAAUCAGUUCAAAUUAUACGAUGAUUUCACGACCGAUCUGCGUAUUAGUUUUAAUCCGUUGCGACAAAACUACGUUGAGGUGACGACAAGUGACGCGACACGAAGAAGAACAACGGAUCCCAAUGAUUCCGGAGUGGACAUGGAGAACGGGAAUCCACUCGAUGAUCUAACUUCUAAAGAUAGCGAUUUGUUGGAGAACGAAGUAAUGGUAGACCCGUGGAGCAGUAUGGACUCUUCGAAUUCACCGUUAACUGACUCCGGCCCAUCGGCAAGUGAAGACUGCACCCCUUCCACCUCCAGCGAACCUUCUCGCGGCCGGCUAAGUGCCUCCUCCCCUAUCUCGCCUGAUACGCGCCGCUUGCCCGACCCUAAAGGCACCAACCCUAAAAUAUCUAAACCCCCAUUCAAAGCAGCUGACAAGGCGCGGUCACGAGACCUAACCCUAGAACUAGAGACCCUGGAACAUGAUACUCACAGGCGCCGACCGCAUUUUCUUGACGAAGACUAUCAGCCGCCGUCCAAAUCAAACAUAGAAUGUCGCAUACCCAAACCACAUUUCUUAGACCAUUCGCCAUCCCCAGAUGAAUUUGACGAACGUAGCGAUAUAACCAAUCCGAAUUUUCUGGAUGACGAUGUCGAUGGCGAUGACAGUCAUCCACAAAAGAAGGCCGGAGCUCUGCCCAAGAAACCGCAAAAGUUAACCACUAGUUAUUCGGCCCACGAAGAUCGACAUCGAACUAGUUACAGAAGUACGUUGCAAUAUAGAUUAGAAAGUGCAGCACGGUCAAGCGAACGAGAUAAAAGGGCUUCCCAACUUUAUAGAGGAACGUGGCCGGGGGAGCGAGACGUGUGGACUGGUCACGAUUCGUCUAGCAUUCGUAGUUUUUCUAGCAACGGAUCCACAGACGGACCGAGAACUUCUUCUAGUUUAGAAAACAAAAUGGAAUGUGUAUGCUCAUUGAUUUCACUUUUAAGUCUAUCUCCCGAAAACAAUGCAGAUCUCAGCGGCCCAUUACUGGACAUGAGUCGAUCUGUCGAGAGCUGUAUAGCUAUGAGGCAAGCUGGAUGCAUUCCGUUAUUGGUACAAUUAAUUCAUUCAAAAGUAUCGAGAGAGACAAGAGAUCGCGCCGCGAAGGCCUUAAGGAACAUAAUACAUACACAAACCGAUGAUAAGGCUGGUAGAAGAGAAGCAAGGGUGUGGAGAUUAUUAGAACAAGUUAGGGAAUAUUGUUAUGUUUUAGAGGAUGUAGUGGAAGCUAAAAAGGAAGGUAAGAAAGCUAUUGAAGAUGACGCAACGAAACAUCCAAGUCAAAGCGUUGCUGCUUUGAUGAAGCUGUCUUUUGAUGAAGAGCACCGGCACGUUGUAUGUCAGCUGGGUGGCCUGCAGGCUCUGGCUGCCCUGGUUAGUGGGGACCAAACGGCUCACGGUAGCAGAACUGAUGAUAACACCUGCCUCACGAUGAGGAAAUACGCGGGAAUGACUUUGACCAAUUUAACGUUCGGUGAUGGGAACAACAAAUCGUUGUUGUGUUCAUUUAAAGACUUCAUGUUGGCGCUGGUUGAACAACUGGAGUCGCCCAACGACGACAUGCGACAGGUAACAGCGGCUGUGCUCAGAAAUCUGUCUUGGAGAGCCGACACAAACAGUAAGCAAGUUCUUAGAGAAGUAGGAGCCGUUAAAGGCCUGACGAAAGCGGCAAUGACUUGUCAGAAGGAAGCUACUCUAAAAUCUGUGUUGUCAGCGCUCUGGAAUCUGACAGCUCAUUGCUCCAUGAACAAAGUAGCCUUGUGUUCUGUAGACGGAGCUCUCGGUUUCCUUGUAGACAUGCUAAGUUACAAUUCACCAACGAAAACGCUAGCUAUCGUGGAGAACGCGGGAGGCAUAAUGAGGAAUGUGUCCAGUCACAUCGCCGUUCGGGAAGAUUACAGGCAAAUUCUCCGGGAGAGAAAUUGUUUAAGUGUCUUGCUGCAGCACCUCAAAUCUCCUAGUCUGACAGUGGUCAGUAACUCGUGUGGCACCUUGUGGAACUUGUCCGCCAGGUGUCCACAAGAUCAACAGUUUCUUUGGGAUCACGGAGCGGUUCCAAUGCUCCGCAGUCUCAUUCAUUCGAAACAUAAAAUGAUCGCGAUGGGCUCAAGUGCUGCCCUCAAAAAUUUACUCAACUCGAAGCCGGGAAAAACGCACAUCAUUUCUUUAGAUACUACAGCUAGAACAAUGAAUUUACCGGCGUUACCCACGCUCGGAGCGAGAAAACAGAAAGCCUUAGAACAAGAAUUAGACCAAAAUUUAGCCGAAACGUGCGACAACAUCGAACCAGCGACUUCUCCCUCCACCAGUAAUCGAGAAGAAAAAAAUCUUUUCACUGCAACAGAACGACAAAUCGCAAUGAAUUUGGAAAGGCACAGAAUGACCUCAAGCUCUCCGCUCAUGGGAACGUUGACCUCACAGAUAUCUUUAAGUCACAGCGCACACUUGGCUAGUUACUUGAGCUGCAGCAACACACUGCUCAAAGGUGCAUUGGUCACCCGUUCCACGUCAGGAAGUGCCAACAGCGUCAACAAAUCGGACAGCAAAGAUUCAGUGACGAGCACACAUUCGGAUUCUGUGUUCGAGCGAGUUGCGAGAACCGGAAAGGUGCCGGUACCGACGCCAAGAACUAAAGAUCUUAUGAAGAGCGAAACUAGCGACGAUCUAUGUAAAUCCUCCAAAUCUUCAGCAAAAGAAAGCUUUAUCCGUUACCCGUCUCAACCUCCCGUCCCGCCUCCGAGAAGUACGACUGAAAUUAGACCCAACUACACAGAAACCGGUUUUGACGUCGACCAGGAUUCUUGUGAUCAACCCAUAGAUUUCAGUCGGAAAUAUUCGGAAACGAAGAACACUGAAGGCGAAAUCGUGAAGCCAAAAGCGGAAACCAAGAAGUAUACCAAGAAGGAGAACUCUAGCUUUGGGGACUAUCAAGAGACUGAUCUCGAUCAACCCACAGACUAUUCUUUGCGUUAUGCUGAACAUCAGUCAGAAACUGGCUCCGACAUAUCAGAGCCCCCUGGUCCCUCCGUCCACGAAGACACAAUAAAACACUUCGCCACGGAAGGUACCCCAUACGAAACGCCAGCCAUAUUCUCUACAGCAACGUCUAUGUCAGAUCUUAGAGUAAUCGGUAAAGAGCUCAAGCUGAAAACGCCCCCGUGCGUCAAAGAGAACCUCGAAGCCAUGACGCACUCUGAUGAAAAAGACACAUGCUCUAUCGAGGAUCCCCCUCGUCAUGACAACGACAGAGCUGCUUCAACUCCCCAAACAUCAGCACCUGACCCUAUUAUUGAGAAACAAGAAGUCUUCGAUACGAAAUUCAGUUCAGGAAUGAUAAGUCCAGAGAAGCCGGUAAAUUAUUGUGACGAAGGCACUCCCGGGUACUUUUCAAGGGUCAGUUCCCUUAGCAGUCUUGGUGAGCCGACCGAGGAAGACAGCUUAGCGAAAAGAAACGCAAUGGCGACCAUCAACGUGGAGCCCAGUCCACCGGAACCCAACACAAGCAGUUCCGGCAACAAAGAAGGUUCGAAAGCGGUGACAUUUGCAAGCGAGCCCGUAGCGAUCGCCACCCAAGCGGCAACGUCGGGACAGACCUCGGUCCGGACCUCGUCGCCGCAGCAGCGGUUCGUCGAGGACACGCCCCUCAUGUUCUCCAGGUCCAGCUCGUUGGGAUCCCUACCCGAGUGCUCCCAGCAGGACGACCAGGGUUCCGUGGUCUCGGAAGUUAGUCGACUGACAUCGGGCUGCAUCUCUCCGAGUGAGAUCCCGGACUCGCCGGGCGGCAGCGCCCCCGCGUCCCCGCGCCGCCCCCCGCCCGCGCCCCCCUCGCCGCCGCAAGAGGUGUCCGGGGCGGAGUGCGCGGGCUCGGUGUUUGAGGAGCGCGUGUCCCGGUUCGUGGUGGAACACACCCCGGCCCAGUUCUCCGCCAACACCAGCCUCAGCAGCCUGACCAUCGACGACGAGGACAGGCACAACAAGCAAUCGCUGAAGCUACUCUCGAGAAACGAAAAACUGGAGGAUCAAAACUGUUCGGCGCUCGAGAAUGAUCCCGAAGACAUGAUACAGAAGAACGAAAUUAGAGAUCAAAUCAAUCCUCUACCUUCAUCGACGAAUACAUCGAAUUUAUUAACGAAAGGGAAUCAAACCCCGAGCGAAGUGUGCAGAGUGUACUGCACCGAGGACACGCCCGCGAUACUGUCGAAGGCCGGCAGCAACAGCAACCUGUCGGCGCUGUCCGUGGACUCCGCCCCCGCGCCCCCCGCCGCGCCCUCCGACGGACACACCUCGGACAGCUCCAACCUGAGCGACGCGGCCGACCUGCUCGAGGAGUGCAUACAGAAGGGGAUCGCCAAGGUCGUCAAGAACAAAGGGCCUUCAUCGGACGUGUCCUCCGGCCACCCCUACAGGGAUGAAGUCUACAGGUCGCUCCCGGCCUGCCUGCGCUCCUCCACGGAGACCGUCAAGAUGUCGCACGAGCUCGCCAGGAACGUGCGCGACAGUCGCAGUCCGACACCCCCGCCCCCGCUGCCCCCCAAGGAGGGCAGGCUCGAGGCGCCCCCGCGGCCCCCCACGCACGACGAGCGCCGUAAACACGAAAGUCGUCUGCCUGUAAAAUCCCAGGGCGGCCGCGAACGCUCGAGGCACGCCGCGCCCAGCAACCUCGCGCGGAACGACUCGCUCAGCUCCCUCAGCCUCGAGUCGUUCGGCUCCACCGACCGAGAGAUCUUCGAGGAAACCGUGAAGGCCGGCGCCGCCCGGGCCAGCCACCGGGACUCCUCCUCCUCCGCCGGGGAGCUCAGCAACGACUCCUUCGGCUCCACCGACAAGGAGGUGUUCGAGCGCUGCGUGCGAGCCGGCAUGGCCCGCCGGCCUCCCCCGGGUUCCUCCCCUCCACACGAUGAUUUCUUCAGCUCCGCUGAUAAAGAGGUUUUCGAACGUUACGUCCGCGCCGGUAUGUCGCGACGCCCUCCUGAUCCCCACGUACCUCCUGCCCCCGCGCAGGCAAAAAACGGUCCCGCGCCCGCCGGCCUCCCUCCCCCCCCUCGCGCGCUCGCCGGCGGACGCGCCCCUCCCGCGCGCCCCCGCCCUCCUGACCUCCUGCCCGCCGCCCCCCUGUCGCACGCCACGCGCCCCGACCUCACUCUCUGUCUGCACUCCGCCAUGCUGGACAGCGUGCCCGAGCCUAGCUUCGCUUCCCUCCUCGACGAAGCCUCUGAAGACUCCAAGCUAGAUUCCGAAGCCAUCGAACGUGAGGCCGCGCGGCUGGCGGCGCGACUGUCCGCGCUGCAGGGCGAGCCCCCCUCGCUGCUGUCCCUGAGCACGUCCGCCCUGCCGCCGGAACACGUGCCGCGCGACCGGAAGAAGUCUCUCCCGGGCUCCUUAAUGAAGCGGGCCCUCAAGAACUCGUUACACCGCGACACCUCCGAGCACCUGGAGAGCGACCCCGUGAGCUUCCUCGACAAUGUAAAGCCUCCCUCCGAGAUGGAGAACUUGGAGAUGGAAGGCAGCAUGGUCUCCGUGGCGAGUAUAAUAUCCGAGGUAGCGGAUGUCUCGGUGAAAACUCCUCUGGUGUUCGACCUCAAGCAACCUGUCUUUGAAUUUCCCCUUUGUAAAACCUUCGUAUACCACGAUCUAGAUAAAGUGAAUCCGCCUUCUCUCUUCAACGAGAUGACAGAAUCGACAAGCGAACUCGAACACGCGGCCGCUCAGCCCGCGGAGUGCCCCCCCGCCGCCGCGAGUGUCGGCACGGACCCUCCCCUCCCGGCGCCGCCCUCCGACGGCAGCAGCAUCGAGUCCUCGCCAAAGAGACAGCGGGACCCGAGCUACCUCACUCCCAAACAAAAACGACUCAUGUCCAAAGACCGCUACCAGACGUACACGAUAGUCGACGGAGAUGCCGUCACGGAAGACGCGGUCGUGCUGGAGGUCGAAGAAGAGUUCCUGACCUGGACCAAGUCUGAAGAAAGCGAGCGCUCCGACGAAUACGCGCCCGUCCCCGGCGAGACGAGGACCAAGAGGAAACUCAGCGCGAAGCAGAGGAGGAUGGAGGACCGGGCCCGCUACCAAACGCAAACCGUCAACAUCCUCGGCGGGGGGGCGCGGGGGGCGGGAGGGGGAUCCGGCGAUCCGGAAAUCGAGAGCUUGAAGCGAAGACUCGCGGCCAAGAAGACGAUGAAACAGAAACGUUUAGAAGACGCGGAGAGGUUUAGAACGAGGACGCUCAGCGAGGACAUCCCGCCCUCCCCGACCUUCGUCACCAAGGAUGCCAACUUCGAAAACGUCGAGACCACCACCGGCUACGACAGCCUCUCGUCCGCCGAGCUCGCCCACCAGCUGGUCCUGGACGAGCGCGCGGACGACUCCGAACUCAACUCCGCCCAGAUGCAGACCUACACCAGGAGCUUCCGGAACUAUCUGCCGGUCACCGAGAGCCCGGCCGCCGUCGACCUGUGCGUCGUCAACAACCUCAAAAACAUCGAGAUGACCGCCUCGUACCGGCUGUCCCGCGCGCACCACCCGAGCACCAGCGACUCCGCCAGCUACGAAGGCGACAGCGCCGCGGAGGACAGGCCGCGCCCGGACGCCGACCGCGAGCCCAGACCUAAACCUAAGAUAACGAAACCGGACCCGCGCAGAGACGACAGCCUGGACUCCAACGAGUCCCUCGGCGCGGAGCCGGAGCCGCCCAAAACUAUUAGAGGGAGAAAGAAAGCCGCCUACGUGUCUCCGUACAGGCGCAGUGCACCGGCGCCCCGGACGCCGGCGGCCGCGACGGCGAAGGUAACCCCUAAGGGCGUACCUUCAGCGAAGGGACCGCAGUCGGCUGCCAAAGCCCACGCCGGCGCCAGAGCCCCACACAAAGCCCCCUCCAGGCCCCCAAGCGCCAACACGUCCCCGAAAAAAUCGAUCCCGAACAAGUCUCCUACGAAGGCGGCGGUGCACAGACCGGCGGCCGCACCACCCGCCGCUACAAAACCUCUGCCUUUGGAACGGCAGGGCACUUUCACGAAGGAAGAGAGCACGGUGCCGGCCAAAGAUCUACCCGCUCCAGACAAGAAGAUGAACGUUCCCAAGCUCACUAAAGCUGCGUCAGCGACGCCCGCGAACACUUCCCCGUCGCGACUGCCGCAGCCGGGCCGCUACACCCGCCCGCCAACCACGAAGACACAAAAACCUCCCAGCAAAGUCACCAAGAAACCUGAACCCGCUAUGAAGAAUUCUCCGUCGAACCACAGCCUCCAUAGCAACGACAGCGGCAAGACGAUAACCAUAGCGUCGCGCCACACCACGCUCGCCAGCGCGACCGGCGUCAACUCCACGAAGACGAGAGACGUUGAGAGCAAAAUCGCUAAUUUGUGGAAAAAAGUUGAACAGGUUAAGAAACUACCCGCAAAAGCUGACAAAAGAGUUUGGAUCGAGAGUGAGAAGCCGGAGGCUCGGAAGCUGAUCAGGAGCUCGACGUUUGAGGGUCAGCCCGCGCCCGCGCACGAGCCCGCCGCCCUCAAACAGAAGUCUGCCAUCGCCAUUAAAGUGUCGCAAAUCCCCAGUCUCCGCCCCAAGGCGAAGGCGCCGCCCAAGAAGGCCACCAGCGCCAGAGUGUUCGGUAGGAAACUAGUGAACGGAACUCUGACGGCGUGAACCGCCUAACGAAAUGUAUUAAAAGUCGAUAAUUGUGGAACGAUUAAUCGAUAUCAUUUUGAUUAUCGAUUCUAAUUAUAAUGUAAUGUUGGUGUGAAAAGUGAUUGAUUUGCGGAAUUAAAGUUGAUAAUACUUACGAAUCGUGAUCAUUUAUCCAAGAACUAUAUGCGUUUUAGUAGUUACACUCCAUAAAUAACCAACGAGAUUCAUGUCGGAUGAUGCGAACGCUUAUAUAUCAAUUAAUUGUAAUUAAAAGGCGAAUUUUUUUAAAGUUUAUACCGAAAUUAUCGCAAUUUGUUUUUUUUUUAUAUAUAUUUGCUGCAUUUGAUAAAUAAUAAAAAAAAACGAAUGGAAUUCUCUUACUAAACCCGAUUUGACUGUAACGGUAGUUCU